AUGUCUGGAAUCGGUGGUCAAGUGGAAGAUCUGAAUGGAACAGAUCUGGAGGGACAGAGCUUUCUGAGGUUCAGCCCCACGUCUCUGUCCACAGGGGCCGCUGCGGCCUCGUCUUCCCGCACAGAGAGCGUCUACAUCUACGUGUCUAUAUUCCUUAGCCUGCUGUUCUUUCUCCUGACCCUCCUCAUCAUCGCCUUACACAGGCUGAAGAACAUCAUCUCCUCAAGCUCGUCAUAUCCAGAGUGCAGCAGUGAGGCAGGAAGCUCCUUCACUAAUAUGGAAAUCUGCAGCCUGUCCUCACAGAGAUCUACAGUAUCUUCACUCUCCUGCUGAGAGAUUAAUGGACACAGACAAGCACACACCCACAACAUGUAGAGUAUAGGUUAUUAUACUGAUUUUACAAGACUUUCUUUUUAUCAAUACAUAGUUCUUUAAACUCACAGCUAGUUUUGGCAACUUUACUGCAGAUGUACAUAAUGACUUGUAUUAAUUGUCAAUAAAAAUGUUUCAGUUGAAAAUAUGUGUACGACAUUAUCACAGCAUUGUCCUUUUUUACCCUACCC